UCUCAGUGUGUUUCAUUCGGUUGUUGUCAAGUUGUGGAUUUUCUAUUCUCGGUUUGUUUGUGUUUUUUUCCCCGUUCAAGUGUUUUCGAGUGGCAUCAUUUUUUUUUUGCUUGCUGGUUUUUGGAUCCUUCAAAGUGUUAAUCCUUUUUUUUGUCUCGGUAUAUAUAAAAAGCCACCAAAAAAAGGUUCUCUCGGUGCAAAACAAUUGACAAAAUUUUCAUUCAGAAAAAAGAAGAGAAUCAGCAGAAGAAUGUCCUCGAUUGAUAAUCUAAUUCGGCAAACAACAAUGUCAUUGAUCGAUUCGAAUGUUGAUAAUUCGAAUAUUGUUGAUGGUUAUGAUCGUCAUCAUCAAAAUCUACCAUCAUCAUCAUCAUCAUUGACCAACGAUAAAAUUACGAUAAAUACGUUACCGAAUGGCCAGAUUAUUACCGAUAAUGAUCAACAACAACAACAACAAAUUGAGCAAACAUUCGAUGUAUCGAAUGAAUUGAUUGCCAAAAAUUUUGCCAAAUAUUAUCCGGAAGAAGCAAAUUUUUGGAUGUAUGCAAUGAUUGUAUUAGGUUUUGCAUUUAUUGUUUUUGUUGCUAUUACAAUCUAUAAACUUUGCCAACCCGAAAAUGAUGGACGAUUUUCAAAAUCGAAAUCGAAAACAAAAUCAAAACAAAAACGAUCCGAAUCGGUUCCUGGUGUUACAGUAGCCGGAAUUGUACCUUCGACAACAAACAUAGCCUGAAAUCUUCGAAAUUCGGUGACUAUCUUGGUUUUUCCUGGCAUCAAAAUCUUGGACCAUCUUGGAACAACGGCGAGGACCAACAGAUGUUUUAAACAUUUUAUUUCGUUAUUUU